GUGUAGAGAACGGUGUGAAGAUCAGAUCGAAGAAUAGUUAGCAUGUUUUUAUACUUUCUGUGAUUUAAAAUACAUAUGAAAAAUGUUAAAAUACUUUUUUAGCCUUUUAUUGGCUUGUUUCUGCGUGAAAAAUGCACAGGCCUUGCAGCCACUCAAUAUCGGUGCAAUAUUUUUCGAAAAUGAACUCGAUUUGGAACGCACUUUUAUUGCCACGGUGGAGAGCAUAAACACGGCAAGGGAGACGAACUUCAAAUUGUUGCCACUUAUAAGGCGUGUAAGUGAAACGGACGGCAGUUUGAUCUUGCAGCGCGAAGUGUGCGAUCUCAUUGAUAAUAGUGUUGUGGCUAUUUUUGGGCCAAGUUCAAAGGCAGACAGCGACAUUGUUUCGGUGAUUUGCAAUGCCACCGGCAUACCGCACAUUGAAUUCGACAUAAGUCAGGAGGAGACGGGGGAGGAGAAAAUCAAUCACCAGAUGACGUUGAGUGUUUUUCCUGCACAGCUGAUACUCUCCAAAGCUUAUUCGGAUAUAGUGCAUUCAAAUGGUUGGCGUAAAUUUACAAUUGUUUAUGAUGCCGAUGAUCCAAAAGCACCAACACGUCUUCAAGAUCUCUUGCAAUUGCGAGAUAUACACAAUGAUGUUGUGCGUGUGCGGCAAUUCCGACGCGGGGAUGAGUAUCGAGUCAUGUGGAAAAGCAUAAAGGGUGAACGUCGUGUUGUAUUGGAUUGUGAACCGGAUUUGUUAAUCGAUUUGCUCAAUUCCUCCAUACCAUUUGACUUGACGGGGCAAUUUAAUAACUUGUUACUCACAAAUCUAGAGGCGCACAAUGCGAAUUUGGAGGUUUUGCGUGAUAAUGAAACCUUUGCACUCAAUAUAACAGCGGCAAGGCUAAAAAUGAACGGAAAUUUCUAUAAUACCAAUCCAUGGCAGCAAGCUUCACUGUACAACUUGGACGAGCUACCCGAACAGCCGAUGCGAACACUACUUCACGAUUUGCUGUACGAUGCGGUUAAUCUUUUCACGAAUGCAUUACGAAAUGUCAGCUACAGUUAUCAGAUUCGACCACCUCGUGUGCGUUGUGAUUUCAGUGAGUAUGGCCGAAGGCAGCCUUGGGCUAUGGGGCGUUACAUACAUCGCGUGAUGUUAGCGACAUCUGGCGUCAAUAACACAGAUUAUCGCACGAGUGACCUGCAAUUUGGCGAGGAUGGCCAACGCAUUAAUUUUGGCAUAGAAAUUUUUGAACCAUUAGAUAAUUAUGGCAUCGCCUUCUGGGAUACAAAGGGCCAAAUUGUGCCGCAACAUGUAGUGGUGAGCAAUUUAAAGAAACUUCGUUAUCGUGUGGCAACGCGUAUUGGUGAGCCAUAUUUUAUGGAAAUACCCGAAAUGGUAGAGCAGAAUGUUACUGGCAAUGAGCGCUAUGAGGGCUAUGCGGUGGAUUUGAUUAAGGAAUUGGCUGAGCGCAUGAAUUUUGAGUAUAUAUUUGUGCCAGUUGCGGAUCAACAAUAUGGAAAAUAUGAUCCAACCACUAAGCAAUGGAAUGGCAUCAUUGGCGAGAUCAUCAAUAAUGAUGCUCACAUGGGCAUAUGUGACUUGACUAUUACACAAGCCCGACGUACCGCGGUUGAUUUUACUGUGCCCUUCAUGCAAUUGGGUGUUAGUAUUUUGGCAUAUGAGCAGACUGUGGAACCAAAAGCUUUGGCUUUCCUGGACCCAUUUAGAGCAGAAGUCUGGAUAUAUGUACUAAUUGCCAUAUUUGUGAUAUCAUUUUUAUUCGUGGUUUCUGCAAGAAUUGCAGAAGAUGAAUGGGAGAAUCCUCAUCCAUGCAAUAAAGAUCCCGAGCUUUUAGAGAAUAAAUGGGGUUUAUUUAAUACGUUCUAUUUGACAGCGGCCUCUAUUAUGCAGGCCGGUUGUGACAUGUUGCCCAAAAGCGCGCCAUUUCGUACAUUCACCGCGAUGUGGUGGAUUAUAGCGGUCAUCAUACCAAAUUCCUACACCGCCAACUUGGCUGCCUUCUUGACCAGUUCAAAAAUGGUUAAUAGUAUAACUGAUCUUAAGAGCCUGGUGGAUCAGAAUGAGGUUAAGUUUGGUACGCUGAAAGGCGGCAGUACGUAUAACUUUUUCUCCGAAUCCAAUGAGACUGUUUACCGUUUGGCAUUUGAAAUGAUGAAAAACGCCGAGGUCUCGGCCUACACAAAGGAUAAUAAAGAGGGUGUGGAGAGAGUGCUGUCGAAAGCUGGAAAGUAUAUGUUCUUGAUGGAGACAACAAGUUUGGAGUACAAUAUCGAACGGCAUUGUGAACUGCGCAUGGUGGGUGAGAAAUUUGGCGAAAAGCAUUAUGCUAUAGCGGUGCCUUUCGGUGCCGAAUACCGUUACAAUUUGAGCGUAAAUAUUCUAAAACUUAGUGAAACGGGUAAAUUGUUCGAAAUGAAGAAUAAAUGGUGGAAGAAUAAGGAUGGGGCGUGUGAAAAGAAUGACGAUGGUGACUCUUCUGCGAUGGGUUUCGCCGAGGUACGUGGUAUUUUCUACACGCUCUUCCUAGGUCUGUUUGCCGCCUACUUUCUUGGAAUCUGCGAGUUUUUGAUGCAUGUACACAGCAGAGCCAGCGAGGAAAAGUUGCGUUUUAAGGAGGUUUUUGUGAAUGAAAUGCGUUUCGUUUUGCGCAUCUGGAACAAUCGCAAGCCGGUCAGUUGCACACCCACUGCAAGUCUUUCGGCCUCGUCGCGCCGCUCAUCGAACCGAACCAUCAAGUCGUCGAAGAAGAAAAAUUCACGUCAGUCUAGCUCCAGCUCUAAGGAGUUGGCUGAGUUAGCUAGCAUAAAAGUUAAAAAAAACGGUAGAGUUGUGAAAGAAGAUGACGUGUAGAGGCUUUCAUAUUUUUUUGUAUGAAAUA